AUGAUUGAAUCAUUCGCCAGCAGCACGCUUCCCCCCCUUCCGACAUCGAGUCCGUCGGUAGGGCCUGUUCCUACGGUUAUCCCGGGUCCUAGUGCUGUGUUGCAGGAGAUCCAUGCGACGGGGAAGAGGACAUUAUGGGUCGUCACCGUGCUCAUGGCGCUUUCGUCCCUCGUCUUCUACGUGCUAGCUUCUAGGGCAUCAUUGUCCAAACGCAUCCUCCACACCCUCGUCGCCAUAACCACUACCGUCUCCUUCAUCACCUACAUGGCACUUGCAACUGGCGCCGGCCUAACCUGGAACCACUCCAUUUUCUCCCACACCCACAAACACGUCCCCGACACAACCGAGCAUCACUACCGCCAGAUUCUCUGGCUGCGCUACGUAAACUGGUUCAUCACCAACCCGCUCAUGCUCAUCAACCUCGCCCUCUUAUCCGGCCUCCCCGGCGCACACCUACUCGUCGCCAUCGUAGCGGAUCUCGUCAUGCUUUCUUCGGGACUGCUGGGCACGUUUACGGAUAAUGCGAGAGUCAAGUGGGUGUGGUUUGUGGUUAGUUGUGUGGGUUACUUGGUGACGGUUUAUCAGGUUGGGAUUCAUGGGUCAAGGGCGGCGAGUAGCAAGGAUUCGCAGAGGAGGAGGUUCUAUGGGACGGUUGCGGGGGCUACGUUGUUGGUUAAAGUUUUGUAUCCGAUUGUCCUCGCCGCUGGUGGCAUCGCGCUCAAGUUGAACGUCGAUGCUGAGACUGUUCUCUUUGCUAUCCUGGAUAUCUUCUCUCAGGGUAUUUUGGGCUACUGGCUUUUGAUUGCAUAUGAAAGUGCAGCUGGAACGACCCUCUACCUCGACGGCUUCUGGUCCCGUGGAAUUGGUAACGAAGGCACCAUCCGUAUUACGGAUGAGGACGGAGCGUAG